AUGCCUUCUUUACACAACUCUUACACUACUAAAGCUCAAGCCCAAGACGAAAUUUUGAGAACCGGUAAACCUCUACCCAGUACCAUCUUCAAAUCGCUCCCAACCGGAUGCACUGCCGACUAUCUCCUCCAAGAACUCAACAAAUAUCUUAGCCCCGUUCUGGAUGCGCUCUCCUCUGAUUCCGAACGCGCAAAGAUAGUCGCCGCUCUCAAGACCGUUAAGAAUCGGAGCGAUCUCGUGGCCGAGAGGCACGUCAACGUUGGGAAGAUUGACUUCGAGAGGCAUGAACGCUCGCUGGGAGAUGGUCUGCGAGAGCUGGAGAAUAACGUUCGGGAGAGCUGGAAGGAUGGAUGGCGCGAGCAGUCGCUUAUGAUGCGUCAGUUGGCAGACGAGAUCGCGGAGUGGUUGCCGACGUUGUGGACCCUUGGAGCUCAGGACGGUUUUGAAAUGGAUCUCGUCCAGGAGUGUCUUUACUUAUGCUCACACACCGUACGAUGCAUCAAGGAGUGCGGGAGCCGGUUCGAAUUCGCAGAUGCUCAGCAUAAGGCGAUCCAGUUCUCCGAUUCCCAUGGUUCCCAGGUCUAUUAUGUUGCACCCCACGAGUCCAUCGAACGUGUCAUUGACUGGGUGUGGAAGGAGCUUUUGGUCAGCUCGUCAGCUCGAGGUCAUGAUGAUCUGGUGGCGUCCAUUCUAGACACCAUCGACUCUUUGACCAUCACAGACGCCGUUUAUGAUCUGCUCCCCGCUCCAGGCAAGGCGAUGGCUAGUGGCCACCACGAACUUCACAACGAUCAUUGGUCGGAAGACAUGAAGGAGGCUUACCCUCGUGUCAUAAUCUUUAGGGAGUACAAAAAGCAUGCGGCUCGUGAGAUGGCCAACGCCUACAACACGGUUUGA